AUGGCCCUGCCAUUCAGGGAUAUAAACGUCCAGGUCGCCUCCGACUCCUACAUCUUCACCUCGCCCUCCUCCCCUAAUGCGCCGGCUCUGACCAUCGACCGGCCAAGCGGCGACAUUCGGUUGAGCGACGGCGCGCUGGUGGCUGGGAAGAGGGUGUCGAGAGUGACGAGUGUUGCUGGCAUUCUGGGGAUCAUCCAGCUGCGACUUGACAAGUAUGUUAUCGUCAUUACCAAGGCCCAGCCCGUUGGCCGGCUCAGGGGCCACAUGGUGUACAAGAUCGUCUCGACCGAUAUCCUUCCCAUGCGCGAGCGACAAGUCCACGACCCAGAUGAGGAUAAGUUCCUCCUGAUACUGAAGUCUUUCAUCAAAUCUGGUCCCAUGUACUUUUCCUACUCGAUAGAUCUCACCAACAGCUUCCAGAGGCAGUCACAACAUGACAACUCCAGACCGUUAUGGCAGAGGGCAGACGACCGAUUCUUCUGGAACAAAUUCGUCCAGUCCGACUUGAUCGAGUUUCGCACCUCAGGCGCGAGAGGCCACCCAGGCCCGCAACCUGGCGCUGACCCGUACAUACUGCCAGUCAUCUUCGGCAUGCUUGAGAUUCACCCAACCACAUUCAAGGGCACUCCCUUGACCAUCAUCCUGAUCACCAGGCGUGGCCGGCACAGAGGCGGCACAAGGUAUUUCUCGCGAGGAAUAGACGAACAAGGUCAUGUGUCCAACUACAACGAAACGGAGCAGGUUGUGAUACUGAAUGACAGCGGCACCGGUAUGAGCGGCUUUGCCGGAUCUGCCGACGUCCACGCGCGUAAAUCGGACGGCCAAGAGACCCAGAUCUUGUCCUACGUCCAGACUCGAGGCAGUGUUCCGGUAAAUUGGGCCGAGAUCAACACCUUGUCAUACACGCCGAAGCUGCAGAUCCGUGGCAUCGACUCUGCCGUCAAUGCUGCGUCAGCACACUUCGACGAGCAGAUCCGCAUCUAUGGCGACAACUACCUGGUCAACCUGGUCAACCAGAAGGGCCGAGAGAAGCGCGUGAAGGAUGCUUAUGAGCAAAUAGUUGAGAAGCUGCAGUCAUCGCCUAAGGAGUCCGUGACAGGCGACCAGAUCACUGAUGAGAAGUUCCACGUCAUUGAAUCUGGAUCCUCCAAGCGUGCGUUUGACCGCGUUCACUACAUAUACUUCGACUUCCACUCCGAGACGAAGGGCAUGCAGCUGCACAGAGCGCAGCUCCUGCUAGACCGGAUGCAGGACGCACUCAUUGCUCAGCAUUACUUCCGCGCCGUAGACAUGCCGGCCGGCAUUGACGGACGGCUUGAGCCUAGGAACUUCCAGACGUCCGUUGUGCGGACCAACUGCAUGGACUGCCUGGACCGCACGAACGUGGUGCAGAGCAUGCUGGCGCGGUGGACGCUCGACCGCAUGUUCGUCGACCUCGGCCUGAUGCAGCGCGGGACCACCUUCAAGGACGAGGACCCGGCCUUCGAGUUCCUCUACCGCAACCUAUGGGCCGACAACGCCGACGUGGUCAGCAAGAGCUACUCUGGUACGGGCGCCAUGAAGACGGAUAUGACCCGUCUAGCCAAGCGCACCAAGGCCGGCGCCAUGCGGGACGGCGAGAUCGCCAUCACGCGGUACAUCAAGAACAACUUCCUCGACGGGCCCAGGCAGGACGCCUUCGACCUCUUCCUGGGAACCUACGACCCUGGCGCAGUCGCCGUCGGGCCCAGCCAGAUCUUCGCGGACCGCCGCCCGAUUCUCAUCCAGGCCAUCCCUUACAUCAUGGCAUUCAGCAUCUUCUUCGUGCUGGUCGGUCUGUUUACCAGACGGCUCCCUGACUCGGCCGUUCUGCCGAUGCGUCUGUUCAUCAUCUUCUGGACCCUCGUGGGCGCCUGGUCCGGACGGUUCAUCCUCAAGAACGGCAUGCUCUAUGUCAACUGGCCCAAGCUCAACCCUCGCCCAUACGUGGCCGAGGGCUACCAGGAGACCAUCAGCAAGGUCAGGAAAGACCCGCUGCUUGGCCCUCUCGUGGCCAGGCACGAGCGCGGCCUGAGCGCGGCGAGAUACUCCAACGCGGAGGAGGGCAAGAAGAGGAUCGAGUAG